UCUCUCCAAAUCUUUUCUAUGGUUACAUAUUUACUUGAAUAUUAUAUAGUGGUUAAAGUUGUGCACCUGAUACCGUAAAAGUCAAACUGUAACCAUAAAAAAGAAACAGAUACGGUAGAGUAUUAUACACGGAAUAUACUAAGUAUAUUAUAAAUAAAUGCAUUGACAAACGUGAAAAUUAAAGUAUUACAAUUCUAAAAAUAAACCCAACAAAUAGUUGAGAAACAUUAAAAGUAAAAAAGAAAAAAAGACAAUUUAGAAAAAAAAAAACCAAGGAAAGAAUGAGUUCUUUCUCCUACCUUUCCCCUCCCCAACCUUCUUAGGUUGCCGCCGCCACCACCACCACCUCCUCCGCCGCCACCACCACCGUCAUCUCCGCCGCAACACCCCCUUCCUUUUCUUUUCAAUCAAAAAAUUUUCUCUUUCUUCCAUCUUUGUUUGAUCCAGUGAGGCAAAUCCGACGAAAAUUGGAGCUCCGUUUUAGUGAGGAAGAAAGCAAGGUUUGUUUUCACAGGUUAUUGGACUGGUUGGAUCAGCUGAUUCUAAGGAGUUAGUUAAGGACUGGUUAAUUUGGACUACAGCUGAAGGCUUUGAGCAGCAUAUUGUGCGGAAUCAGAAAUAUUCUCCAGCAUUACAGAUUUGAAUCUGGUACUUUUUAGUUGAACUCAACAAGAUUUUCCAUUUGAUUUGACAACAUGCACAUGUACAGACAUCUUGAUUCUUGUGAAUAUUGGGAACCAGCAAGUUACUCCAACUUACUAAAUAUUAAUCAUCUGGGUAUCAAUGUUUAAAUAUAACUAGGCUGCAGUUUGAUACAUUCGCCAUGCACAAGCCAAAGAAAAGAAAUCUGCAAUCACCUCAGAAGUCAGCGGACUGGUUAGAAUAUAUUAAUGAUUGCCUGCCUGCACUAGUAAUACCUGUUGGUCCUCGAUUUCAAGCUGAUGUGCCAGAAUGGACAAGUGCUUCUAAUCAUAUGCACGAAAAUGGUGAUUUAGAUACUUCAAGGUGGUUAGGUACCAGAAUUUGGGCCUUUCAAAAUGACAGUACUGAUUCAGGAGGUAAAAUAGGAAAGGGAAGGCCUGAUUCCUGCUCUUGUUCUUCUCCUGGUUCUUCACAGUGUGCAAAACAACAUAUUUCGGAAGCAAGAGCAAGGUUGCAAUCUGACCUGGGCCCUGCAUUUAAGAGUUGGAAAUUUGACGAGAUGGGUGAAGAUGUUGGCAAGUCCUGGACAUCAAAACAGAAAAAGAAGUUCGAUAGCCUUGUCUGUGCAAAUCCAUUGUCACAGGGUAAGAGUUUUCUGCAGCCAGCUGAAUCAUCCUUCCCAUCUAAGACCAGGAAAGAUAUUGUCAGUUAUUAUCUGAAUGUAUAUGUUCCUAAGCGCAUUAGCAUGAUAACUCGGUUGGGAUAUAAAUUGCUUGAUAGUGAUGAUGAUGAGGUGGAGGAAGCUCCAAAUACCAAGAGCUCUCAGAAAAGACCGCGACCCAAUAGUGAUGAUAGUACAAAACUUGCCAAGUCCCACUACUUGACUGGGAGAAGAUGACACACUGGAACCGGUAUCUUACUGAACAACUCUUUUCAGGUUUCCUUUUAGUUCAGACUUCAGAGGAUUCCCCUUUUUUGGGUUUUUGCCUGUAAUGGUUGCACAUUACAGUGCAAAAGUAGCAAAAUUUAGGCCUGAACUUUGUGAUUAUACACCCUAACGGGGAUUUUCUUGCGGCAAACUUGACUCAAUGUUGAGAAGGCUGUGUGUAUCUAGGAAAGUCAAGCUGCACAGUUUUGUGACACUAUUUUUUUCUGCUCAUAUUGUGCUUUAGAUGAGAAGGUAAUAGAAACAUUCCUUGUUCGAAUGCAAAUUUAUCGUCUA